AUGUUCUCUGCCAUGCUGAUGGACGCCUACCUCGAUGAACGCCCCAGGAUCCGCAUCGCCUACAGGACGGACGGUCACCUCCUGAAUCAACGGCGGAUGCACUUCAAAUCGCGCGUAUCCACAACCACCGUGCACGAACUCCUCUUCGCCGACGACUGCGCCCUGAACACCACCUCGGAAGAGGAGAUGCAACGGAGCAUGGACCUGUUCUCCGCCGCCUGCGAGAACUUCGGUCUGGUCAUCAACACACAGAAGACGGUGGUGAUGCACCAACCGCCACCCAAUUCAGCCACAGCCCCCAACGCGCCGCCGCAAAUCAGCGUGAACGGAACCCAACUGCAAGUGGUGGAGAACUUCCCGUACCUGGGCAGUACUCUCUCCCGCAACAGCAAGAUCGACGACGAAGUCGCCAACAGGAUCUCGAAAGCCAGCCAAGCCUUCGGUCGCCUCCAAAGCACAGUUUGGAAUCGCCACGGUCUUCAGCUGGGCACGAAGCUGAAGAUGUAUAAGGCCGUCAUCCUGCCGACACUACUGUAUGGAGCGGAGACUUGGACGGUGUACGCAAAGCAGGCACGUCGUCUGAACCACUUCCAUCUCAGUUGUCUUCGUCGCAUCUUGAGGCUCAAGUGGCAGGAUCGAAUCCCCGACACUGAUGUGCUGGAACGGACGGGAAUCCUCAGCAUCUACGCCAUACUGAGGCAAAUUAAGCUGCGCAGGAGCGGUCACCUGGUGCGCAUGGAUGACGAGCGACUACCCAAACGACUCUUCUACGGAGACGUCGCGACGGGUUCUCGCCGUCAAGGAGGCCAGAUUCGCCGUUACAAGGAUACCCUGAAGUCCUCCCUGAAAUGCCUGCAAAUCAACCCCACCAACUGGGAGGAGCUCGCACUCGAUCGACCGACCUGGAGGAGGACAGUGAAGACAGACGCUGCUAUCUACGAGGCCAACCGCAUCGUCGUCGCCAAAGCGAAACUCGAAGCCCGCAAAUCUCAACUGCGCCCAGUACGCAACGCCGCCGCACAACCGCUUCCAACGUGUCCUCGAUGUCAACGGACAUUCCGGGCUCGAAUCCGACUUGUUGGACAUCUUCGGAUUAACUGCGCCUCUCGAACGGCACCAACGAUCGUCCCCCGUCCGCUUCUUCCUCCUCUCCGCCGCCAACUAACUCUGACAAUUCGUCAUCAUCAUCAUCAUCAUCAUCAUCAUCAUCAUCAUCAUCAUCAUCAUCAUCAUCAUCAUCAUCAUCAUCAUCAUCAUCAUCAUCAUCAUCAUCAUCAUCAUCAUCAUCAUCAUCAUCAUCCUUCUUCUUCUCCUCCUCCUCCUCCUCCUCCUCCUCCUCGCCCACUGCUCCAACGGCGGUCGCUCAGGCGACUGUCCCGCGCGCAACAGCCGACACUACCACCACCUUCCCCGACUCCAGCGAUGAGGAUCAGGACUACACCUGCCCUCACUGCGACCUCAUCUUCACCUCAAGCAUCGGCCUGGUCGGUCACUUGCGAAUCCAUCGCACAGAGACUGGCGAACCAGUGCCUGGAGCACCCACCUAUACCCACCAAGCUCGUCUCAACUGCCCACACUGCCCUCGCACUUUCAGGCAUCGCAUGAGCCUAUUCGGCCACAUGCGCAUCCACGACGACCUGCGGUAGACAACCGCCGGCCACACCACACAUUCACUAGCUCCCUACCUCCUCCACCACCACCAUCACCCCACCAGAAAUCAACACUCACACACCUCAUGCACCCAACUUUCACCUCCCACGCAAGUGGGAAGUCCGCAUUUCGACUCGAUCCACAUGCGGCUUCGGCUGCACGGGUGACUGUGUCCGAGACUAUCCCGACACGUCAAGCGUCGUGGAUAGGAAGGUUGCUGAUUGACGCCCGCUGUCGGUUCACGCAGUUCGUCGCGUUGUGUGUGUGUGUUGUUUGGAGUGGCGGACUGGUGGGCUGGGAACGGGCUGCAACAGCACCUUCCACGGCACUCUCACGCAAGUGAGAGACACGCCGUUCAACCCCCGUUGUGUGAAAUCCUGGCGUUGUGUGUAUGGGGGACCAGGUCGUGCCGUGGCGCGCGCAGUCAUGGUCAGUCGACCAUGUCAGCCACCGCGCCCAUUCCCCACUCCAGUCUGCUGACCGGCUCGGACAGCGGCUGGGGUGUGGGAGUGGGAAGGGAGAUUGAGGUCGACGACUCAGCGCACUUUCUCCUCACUAUAAACAAUCUGACGCGCUUGAAGGUAUCACGGUGCGCUAAAAACCGUGGCUUGGAAGGUUGCCAACUGACGGGGUAACUUGGACCUCCUCCUUGACUGGAGGCGGUCUGAGAGUCAGGCUGCAAUGGCUCCUUUUUAAUGUGGCCUUUAUGGCACUCCCACCACAGUUUGAGAUCCGAGCCAGGCGUUGGCGGCACGCCCAGGUGUGGCUUCGGCCGUGCCAGCCUCCAAAUCUCUGUUGUGUUGGUUGAAAUCCUGGUCAUUUGUUGUGUGAACCAGGGGGUGUGGUGGAACGCCAAGGUGAGGAUCCGUCCGAGCCAUCCAUCUGCGGCCUCCCUCGUCUCCGGUCUUCUUGACUCUGUCUUGACACCGGGCUUGGGCGAGGGAGGAGGAGAGAGUGUAGGUAGAUGCUACGCAAGUAUACCGGCACUAUAAACUCCUGCGUAAGUCACCGUCCCCACUCCCACUGCUGCUGCAACUGUGGGGCACACGGUGGACAUCAUCGAAACCGAUGGUCGAACUGUCAGAGAUCGAGAGGAGAAAAUGACAUCAAGAACCGCGAAAAUCGUCGUUAUGGGUGAGGAGUGAUAGCAGUUAUAAAAAAAUAAAUGAGGUUUUUCACUUGAUCCACCACUUAAUCCCAGCAGGACCCUUGUCGAAGUCUAGAACUUGAGUGUUCGGGAAUGAGACCGUUAAAAUUAUCUUUAAACUUUCCGGUGUAAUGUGUUUGCGUUAUUUCGAUUUGAAUUCAGUUCAGUUCAGUCGAUUGAGGGAAAUAAGCGUACACCUUUUAGUUCUCUAUUUGCUAUGUAAAAUGUGCGAUAGGCAGAAGAUGUUCUUGGCUGAAAUUGUUCAAACAAACCCAUAGUGGUAAGACAAAAUGGGAAUGAUUUAAUGGGGAUGAUCUCGAGCUCUCGUCGUUCUUGUUCACUUCAGAACACGAACAUGCCCUGAUCCCUUGUAAAACCUCCCAUUCAUGGUGACACCGCAGCAUGCCGGGAGGGUAACUUAUGUUUUUGUCACUCUGACAGAGAAUAAGAACUUCCGGACAUCCAGGCCUGCCUGAUGAAUGGACAGAUUUAACUGGCGACCCCGGAGCUUUUUCGUGGUGGAUAAUUCAAAAAUGUCCUCAAAGAAGAGGCUGCAGUCCAAUCCCCAGGCAAUGCGGAAUUCUUAUAAGAGGUCGCCGCGCAUUUGACUGUAAGUCAAAGAAAAUAAGAUUUUUUUAAGCGGGUUGCAUAAGGAAAUAAGUUUUAAUCCCUAAACAUUUUAAUGGCUCUCUGUUUAGCUGUUUCAAAGCUAUUUUGAUCCUGUACUGCUCAUGGUCUCCAGGCAUACAACAAUAUGUCCAAUGCGACCGUAAGAAGGUCCCAAAAAUAUUCAAGAACACGUCUUCUUCAAAAUGCAUAAAUGCUUGCUUGAUGGCGUACACAAUGCUAUACAAAAUUCACAGUUGGAUAAGAACACUGGAUGCAAAACAGACUUUGCAAGUGACCUACAUUGAUCUUCGGAAGACGUCCGACAGUGUUUCGCACUAGCAUUUCCUGUACAAGUUGAGAGUCAUGGGCAUAGGCAGAAAACGUCUCAAACGGAUCGAAAAUUUCCUCAUUGGCCGUUCCCAAAUUGCCUGCAUACAACAGCCGAAAUCGAGACGCACAUUCAUAGAAGACGGAGUCCCACAAAGCUCAGUGCACGGGCUGACCCUCUUUCUCUUUUCAUUAAUAAUUGUGUAGGUGGGUUGGACUGUGAUAGUGCCAUGUUUGCAGAUGACAUAAAAUGCGGAAAGUUGUCCAGAAUGCUGCCGACGACACCAACUGCCAAGAAAAUCUUUAUCGAAUGGACGAGUGGUCCCGCAGAUGGCUCUUGUCCUUCAAAUGCACCGUUAUGUGCCUCGGAAAUCAGGCCCAUAGUACGCGGCAAUACCAUCUAAACGGAAUGCCACUCCAAGAAGUAAAAACGCAGAAAUAUCUCGGAGUCUGGGUGGCAGAGAGCCUGAAGCCUUCUACACAAUGUUUUAAGACGGCUAAGACCGCAACUUCAAUGCUAUACGCCAUCAAGCGGGCAUUCGCAGCUUCCGAUGAAGACUGCUUCUCCAGAGUCUUCGGCAUGUUUGUAAGGCCACAUAUCGAAUAUGCGAUUCAGGCCUGGAGACCGUGGACGCAGCAGGAUUACAAUCUACUCGAAAGGGUGCAGAGGCGAGCAAAAGAGUCAAUAAGAAGUCAGGGUGCACUGCCAAACGAGAUUCGCCUAAACGAUCUAAGUCAUUAUCCUCUGAGCUAUAGGAUGUUCCGCGGAGACUUGAUCCAACCUGCCGUACAUUGCGUGGUUUAGACUGUGCCCUUCAGUGCGACGACUUUUUUCGACUCGCCACUACAACUAACCUCCGGUGGCAUCCCUUCAAACUCCGUGUGCCCCAAGGUAGAUUGGAUGUGAAAAAGUAUUUUUUUCAACCGGUUAGUGGAACCGUAGAAUCACCUGCCCCAGACUAUUGUUAUGUCUAAAACUGUGGAGACAUUUAAAUGUCGGCUUGACAGACAUAUGCUGCAGCAACAAGCUGGAUUAUGUGACUCUUUAGCCAUAAUACCAAUGGCCUAUGGGAACCGAUGUCUGUAUUCACUUAACGUUGUAAUUUUUGCCCAUUUCUGCUUAUUUUAUCGAUUUACUAUGAGCAAAUAGGGAGCUUAAAGGCGUAAGCCUAUUCCCAUCAAAUACACGAACUGCCUGACUGACUGUAAAGCGCGCUCACCUAAGUAGCAAAGCCGGAAUUCGAACUCGGUACCUCCUGAUCGAAAGGGCAGGGCUUUAACCACUGCACUAGGGGGGGAGGGUCGGUAGCUGGACAGGUUAAUUUGUUAACUGAGGAACAGUAUCAAAGAACAGUAUUUAAUUAAAUGAUAGCCUUUUGCGAAAAUUGCCGAUGAGAUCACUGGACUCCAAAAGAAUUAAGAAAAGUAGGCUCUAAGAGACAACAGGAAUUACGGAGCAGUGUACUGCCAACAGGCAUUGAAAACUGUUCGACAAAUGAGACAGACACCGCUCCAGCCCAUCUUUGUUCGGCUGCGAGAAAAUUAGCAAGCGAAUCCAGCUACUAGUAGAAAAGUAUGGCCUAAUGACUGCCAUAAUUGUGGCUAUUGUGAAGCACAGUAACAGCGUCCAUUACUAAUCCGUCAUUUUUCCGACCGACAGGCUGCGAAUAUCCUCCUAAUAAGGACACAGUCUUGGAAAACUCAAAGUCGGUGAUGAAGAGGAUGCGAGUUAUGUCUCCAGGAGAAACUCCAGGCGCAACAGAAGCAGGUCAAGUUUUAUUACUUGCAAAAGUAACUUAGCCUACCAAAUCGUUGAAAUCUAAAGAUGGUAAAGCCAGGUUUGGACUCAAGAGAUCUGUUAGAAAACAGAACAACGGUUCGACUUUAUCGUUGGUGGGCAAAGCUGUUGCUCCAAUUUACCACAAUUACAACCUAGAUGGAAAGUGCCCUAAACAUUCCGUAUAUAGGCAAUAGACCGUGAGUUCUCAGAUCUUUGACGGUUACUGAAAUACAUUAGCACCAAUUUAGAGACUGCGGAAACUUGUUUAUGGCAUCCAUGUCUUCUUCCACGUUCUACACGUUAAAAGCCUCCGUAUUGGCGGACACUUCCACCACCGCUGCCCUUUCGGACAUUGCAUGUAAAUACGUUUCCUUUAACAUUAACGAUGAGUUCUUCCUUGUUCACCUGUUGCAUAUCUUUGAUGUAAACUGACUUUUACCGGCUAUUUUGUCUCAUCCUAAAUUUACACAUUGUUCAUGUACAAUUUCUUGUUUACUAAGAAUUUCUUAACUACGCGUUCUGCUGACUGCACGACUGACAAUGUACACCGUCCAGCAGAUGUAAUCAGCUGCUGAGUUAAGAAUUGAAAACACGGUCGCCGUUUUCACGAGAUAGCAGUCGCCGCCAGUAGUAUAUUUUAAAGUUACAUGACACCUUUCCUGUAACCUUACAAUACGCUACUAGCUGCCUGUCAGCGGGUAAUGAAUAUUACGCCGUUAUCCGCUGUGGUUGGUUGACUUCGGACCAAAUAUGCUCACAUCAAAUUUCGGUCUGCGCAUAUAGGCCUUAGUAUGUGUUCGCAGAUAAUUUCUGAGGAAAUAAAAAAUCAACAAAAUUUAUUAUUCCUGCCAACUGACUACUGCGCAAAAUAUUCCGCAUGUCUGGAACAGCUGACUCAGUGCUUGAUGAGAUGCUGAGGAAUUUGGGAAAAAACUCAGAGAUAGCGACCCCGACUGAAGCAAAACUUCCUUUGCCUUCAGCCAAUCAGAUCUUGACUCUUACUAGCCUCACCGGCUAUGGUGCUGCAAAUAAACCAGAUCAAAGUAACACAUUUUAACAAAUACUACUCCUAGUUCAGUCAGUAGUGCAUAUAGAACACGCUGAAUGUAUCAUUUGUACCCUAAUUUAACAGAAAGAUAUAUGAUCACAUAUGCCUGAAAAGAUUCCUAGAAGGCUUUUGGAUGCUAUUCUCCCUGGUUCAGCUCAACUCCUAUUAUGAGUGUGAGAUAUGUGCUUGCCGAGAAGCCACACGACGGACAAGUAGUUCGAAAUCGUCACAACCAAUGAGUAUACCCAAAAGCUUGCUCAAAGGGAAAGUGCGUUUCACCUAGUCAUAUUAUCUGCUUAUUCGCCAGAUCGCAACUUCCCACAAGUGACCGGUAGUUAGCCAUGUCGAAACGCCAAAUGAGGUAAUUUCUUAGAAAUACAUUUGCGUCAUUUGCCAAACUGGAAAACGGCAACUGUCAGAGCGUUGACAUUUACAAACCAUGAUUAUGAACCUUUAUUUCCAGGGUACAACAGCCAAACGCACGCUCGCAAAAAAAUUAUAUGCUGUUCGCAUCCGGCACAUAGAUGCAUAUUUUUCGAUUUCUCGUAUCUUCUCGCAGAUAACCGCUAAAGUAUCCUAUGUGCGAGAAUUUAUAAGUGGAUAUAAACCGUAGGGAGAUGCGAAAGGUGUGAAUUUUCUGCUGUGCCAGACUACAUGCAAUUAUGGGAAUUAAAAUGGGGCAUGAACAAUAAUAUGAAUUGGAGCCGAAUUCAACUUUGUAGAUACAGGGACGAAGCCAUGGGCAACAGCAAGAGCCGGCAAUUGGUGUCUGUUGUGAUUGCCGAGGACACAAACCCAAUACUUAAAAAAGAUCAUAAUUACAAUGAUUGUAAUAUAGUUAUGGGGGAACCCAAAUCACGACAAAGCUUACACGGCGAUGUAAUCAAUUCGUCUCGUCUCAGUCAAUGCAAAGCUAGUCUACUUGACAAGCGUGGUAAUCGAGCUAAUUCGGGGAAGCUGGAGCUGGCAUUUUCGGAUCUGGUUUACUAUUUUAAACAACGGGGGUCUGUCAGACAGAUCCGUUGGCAACUUAACGGUCUACGGUGGUACGGAUAUAAAAGGCACAUUUUCACCUUCGAGGCUGGCCGCCGCUGCCAACAUAGUAAGAACUUUGAUGGCAUCAUUUUGGCUUUUUGUCCUCAUGAAGUAUCUCGUUGUUCUUAGCAUCUGACGGUCUAUGCAGUACUACUUUCUCGCCUUCGUCUCAACUCUCGUGUAGAUCUUCUGACUCGGCAAACGCCGACUGAUAUCUGUUGGAAUUUAUUUCUUUACAUCUCCGUCGAAAUGCUCUUAAAAUUGAAGGCAGUUAGCACGUUGUUUGGGGGUUCUAUGACCUUUGUUAGUGCCUAUGUCCCUUUUUCUAGUGAGGGCUCCGCAUAAUGACAUAAUCACCUUAGGUGCUGUUUAAAGGUCACUCGUCCAAUUUAACUGCCCCACAGCAAAACUGCAUCGAAUAAGUGUAGAAGUGAUAAAGGUGCAGGGCAGUUCUCCCACGUCCUUAUGGGGAUUUUUCAGUUAUAGCAUUCGCGGUUGGUUCACUAAGAUCCAAUUUCCACUGAUUCUGCCUUAUUAGCAGAUCCCACAUUCGACCUUCUUCCCUAGCUUCCCGCUGUCCUCGAUGCAACAGUUAGCUCACAUGGGCUAUCAGUAACAUGGGAAGCCUUGAUCUCAGUUCACUGUCGUAUAUCUUGUGGGCAUGAUUAACUUCGCGAGGGACUUUGAAGUAACUGACAUUGGUCAUCUGCCUCUGGGUGUAUAUAUUAUUAGUUUAUCUCACCAUCCUUCAGUUCGAGCCUUCUUUACGCUUGGAUUGAGGGAAGGGAAACAGAGGUGGACACCGAUCGUACCGCUGACUUUCCGUCACUAUAAUAAAUCUUGUGCCUUGAACUUUCCCGACGUGCUGAAAAUAGUGACUUGGGAAGUUGCCAGUUGACGGAGUAAAUUGGUCCUCUAGACAAAAGAAUAGGCUAUAAUAUCUCUUUUCUGUUGCGGUCAUACGGUAGUUCUUACAGGCAUAAGACCCAGAUGGGCGGAACUUGAUCCAUUUCAUUUGAGCAAACGUAACCCGUUUAGCAAGUAGAAGGGGAACAUUACGCCAGCCCAGUUACUGGGCAGAUCUUAUCUUCAAUAAGUUUCAACCGAAAUUUCGACAAGUACACAACGGACAAGAAGAGCCAGAGAUGCUAACUCGUCAUUAUCUGUGCUUUAUGUAACUUACCUGGUACGUUUUUUUGCCAUAACUAGGCAUCGGACGCCAUGGCUUGGAAUGUUGCCAACCGUCUAGACGACACGUUCCUUCUUAAUAAGUGUGGGUUUACGACGGCCCCUUAAUAUGGCAUUGAUUGCAACUAAUCCUUGUGUGAGUCGGGUGAUUUAAGCAUGAUUCGUGUGUAGUGAGGACCCUGUAUGCGUAUGACGCGUAAACGGGGACCUUGUGUCAUGUCAUCCAUGUCGCCCACGUCCAUAUACAGUCGUCUUGAAUACAAAGCAUUUGGGGGACGAAAGUGAGAUCUGUGCUAUGCAUUCACCCCUCAUUGUUCCAAACUACGCCCAAACCACUGUAUAUUCGCCGAUUUCUACGAACAAACUAUAAUUCCUUUCGUCCCGGUUUUGUCUUCUUGCGUUGGUCAGUUUUCUUUUUUGGCCCGACCGUUUUAACCUGGUCCAAAUCCUUAUUCUUCCCACAUUUCCCAUAGUCUUAUGCCUAUAGUCUGUUUGUCAUAGUUAUUAAUCAGCACAAUAGUGCAAUCUCAUAGUUAACGACAGUAAUUAAGCUCGUCCCCGUACUUGACAUGUCGGUUUCUACGCAAAGUAUUUUACCAACCGAUGAAGUUGUGGACAUGAUGUUGCACUUUUUCGGAGUGUCACGUUUCGUGGACCAGAGAUUAAGCUCCUUGUUCUUUGCCUAACCGCUAAAGAAGGAGCUCUCGCACGUAAUGGAUAGGUCAUUGUCUUGUUCACCGGGGUGCCCGGCCUCCUUCCCAGUGCAUAUGUAUUGCUUCAUGACGAUGCUUACCAUCAUUAGUAUUUUUUCGGGGUUGAGUGAGGGAUGUCACCCGCGGGUUCUCUUUGCAUCGACGGCUUAAGUCGGGACACAUAUGAAGGGCAAAAUAUGUCGUUGUCUGAACAUAAAGUUAAGAUUGCGGUAGAUGGGAACAAAAUUUGAACUGACUAGUAGAAGAAGGCAAAAAGAGGCGUUCAGUUCACAUCGUUCGAUGGUACGAAUGCCGAAGUUGUUCAGUUAAUGUCGCGAUAAACGCAUAGAAUUCAGCUACCGCCACGGUAUUUCUUACUAUCUGAAAGUAAUGUUAAUCUGCGUAUAUCCCGUAGCCUCAUUAACUCGUUUCGAUUGCAUCCGCUAUAUGUGGGUCGAUGCUUGCUUUUUUCCGUUUCUAUUCAUCACCCGUGCUUUUGAGAGUACAUGCGCUAACUUAUAUGCUUUAGUGUUGCUAAGGUCUUGCAACUCUGACCGUGAACGCACCGGUCGUUGUGGAAACGGGUAGUUUGAUGCCAACCUUAUGUCAAAAUAGUAGCCUUGGUGGAUGGUCAUGAAUAGUGAGUUUUUUUUAUUGACCCGUGCAUACAGGAGAUUUCUCAUUCGUUCUUGAGCUCUACUACUAUCUGGACUUCAUUUUUCAUAUCAAUCAUAAAAAACAGGUCUCUUACUGAUGUUUUUCUGUCAAAUUAUGAUGUUCACUCACUACUCUGCUUGCUAGCAUGUCUGAAAUCAUUCCUUACACUUUCUUAGUAACUUCUUAUGUUUGAAUUUACUUUUUUUUAGCGGGGAUCUUUCUUUUCAAAUGUAAACAAGCAUCCUUUCUCAGUGCUUUGCUCAGAAGGCAAGUCCAUUGGCUAAUGACCCUGGGCCCGUCUAUCAGCGACAAGCCUGCUGACGUAGGUUAUUCCUAAGUUUUUGACACAGGGCGGUACCGCCAUUAGUUUGCUUUCGCUUAAAUUAUGGCUGACUGGCGUGUUUAUACGAAGUUUACACUCAAUAAUUAGUCCUCUCUGGAUGUUUUGCACUGAAUUCCCUCCAUUUUCGAGCGAGUCUUUUUAUGUUAACACGGAAGAACUCAGAAAUAAAGUUACCGGAGCACACGUCUCGCAUCAAAGAAAACAAUUAAAAUGAACCUCUGUAGAGUUUUUGAUAUAACCGCGAAACAUUCCUAAGAUAGCGCAUAAACUAAGCGUAAAUACUUCUAAUUUUCGCUUUCUAGAAGUCAGUCUGACACAACGUUUAUUCUGAUAAGGUGGCUAUCUCUGCUGCCUUUUUUAAACUUUGCCAAUGACCAUAGUACGCAUUUCUACCUUAUCUUUUCUCGCAUUUUGCGUAUUUGUCAUUCCUCUCCUUGUAUUCUUUUUACCUCGAAGCAUGCAGAGAACAGCCAAAAUCCCCACACCUCCCAGAAUACUCAUGCUUCCGAGGGCAAGUGUUUCAUUGACCCGAACUUCCCUCCGCCGUCGAGGACUGCAGAGAGCUCCCCUGAACUACUCGGUAGGCACACACUCCUCCGUGCUUAAAUGUUUAAGACAAAAAACAGACGGAUCUGAAACAUUUCCUAGCUACUAUUUUCCACUAGUCACAUGGGCACGAUCCGUCCUUGAUAACGGGUCAGAAUACUGUUUUUUUUCGAAUUGAAGGUUAUUGUGAACUAAGAAUUCGCUUCCUGUCAACAACUGGUAAAGCAUAAAUCCCCAAGCUGGUACCACUUUUUAACGGCCUCCUCACUAGAUUGUCGUUUUGCCAAAACCCACUCCUUCGCUUAUUUUGUAGGCAACACUGGCACGACAGUCACGAGGGACCAGCGACGCAACUCCUUCCUUCCCGGAGCGACCAGCCAAGCGACACAUAAUUGGAUUCAGAAUCAUUCAGUUUCUGACUCUGCAGCUCUUGCUGACAGUAAUGGGGUCUUGUGCUUGUCCAGCCUGAAUUCCACUCCUGCCGGAUCGCUGAAUCCGAUCUGUGGCGUGUACCUGUUCGCCGUGCCCGACCCUCCUGUUGCUCACUGCUACGAGAAUCAGCAUGCAAUGAUUGGCUCCUAUUAUGGAGAGAACACAGCAUGCUCGUAG